AUUUAUUAUAAACCAAUCAUCGUUCAUAAGGGAUAUUUUAUUGAUUUAUUCCGUUAGAUUUAUUAGGCUAGUGAUGAAUUUUUAGAUUUCUGACUCAUUCUGUGUAUCCAUCCGUUUACGUUCACGUGUAAUUUGGCGGAUAAACUACGCGAAUCUAUAAUCUUCAUAGUACGAAAAAUACAUGCAUCUUAAUACACACAAUAGAACUUGUUAAACUGAUUGUAUGAAUACUGGGAUGAUUACUUACUUAAAACGACGCUUCUCAUCUGGGGACCUGCAAGGUGAAUUAGCUGACAAGCGUAUGCAAGAGGGACUACCUAGUUUCUUACGAUUCGGAUCAACCACACAGUCUGGACAAUCAUAUCAACAGUAUCAACAGCAAAGCUCUAAUAUUCAAACUACAGGGCAGGGUUAUUCAAACCAACCCCAAGAUUUUAGUUCUACUGGUCCUGCAAACUACGAUAUGAGAUACGGAUCUACAGCCCCUACCAUGGCCGAACAAUUCUCUAGUUCUCAGACAGCCACAACUACAGCUAAUCACACUCCUGGAUCUGUAGGUCGAGGACGUGGUGCCUAUCCAAGUGCACCAACAUCACCAACGAGAGGUAUGGGACUUGGUGCCUCACUAAUGGGUCCAAUGGGAAGUUUAACUGGUCAGAUAUCAAAUACACUCAUGCGUAGUUUCAAUACUGCUGCCUCCACUGCUCAGAAUAUAUCCGGAAAAAUGUCUUCAAAAGAUCACCAGAAAAUACUUCUAGUCAUAGAUGACACGCAAACUGAUUGGUGUAAAUAUUUCAGAGGCAAGAAGCUGAUGGGAGAUUGGGAAAUAAAAGUAGAACAAGCUCAAUUCUCAGAAAUUUCAAUGACAGCCUAUAGCGAACAAGGUUGCGUCGUUAGCAUCUAUUCCGAUCAAAUACGUUCAAAACCUCUAAGAUCAUUUAAACCUGAUUUUGUCCUGAUACGACAACAUCCAAGUGAUUUGAAGGAGAAUUGGCAACCUAUACUCACUGGACUAAUGUAUGGAGGUACACCAUGUAUGAAUACUUUGCACGCAAUAUAUAAUAUGAAAAAUCGCCCAUGGCUUUUCGCUCAUUUAUUAAUGAUCCGAAAUCGAUUGGGCAAAGAAAAUUUUCCACUUAUUUCACAAACCUAUCAUACAAGUCAUAAAGAAAUGGUUGUAGCACCAGCGUUUCCAGUUAUUGUGAAAGUCGGAGUAGGUCAUCGUGGCGAAGGCAAGGUGAAAGCUGACACACCAUUUAUUUAUCAAGAUUUGGUUGGUCUUAUGAUUUCUGGUCAAACAUAUGCCACAACAGAACCAUUCAUUGAUGCCAAUUGUGAUCUCCAUGUACAAAAAAUCGGUACGAAUUAUAAAGCAUUCAUGCGUAAGGCUAUAUCCGGUAAUUGGAAAUCGAAUACUGGAUCAGCAUUACUCGAAAAAGUCCCAAUGAAUGACAAAUUUAAAAUAUGGAUUGAUGAAGUGUCCCGUUUAUUUGGAGGUUUGGAUAUCUGUUCUAUUGAUGCGUUACAAUCAAGAAGCGGUGAAUAUUUUAUUUAUGAGGUGAUCACUUUGGAAAUAUGGAAUAUAAACUAUACUAUCGCAUAAGCCUUUAAAGUUUUAAUAUGGUUUGUGUUUCAUGUAUUGACUAAGAUGUAGAAAAUUACAGCCAAAAUUAAACAUCAAAAUAUCUUAAUCUAUUUCAGUAAUACAUGAUUUAUCAGGUUGUUCAUUUACUCUUUUUCCGUAUUCCUGUAAUUUCAUAUUUUUCAAUAGCUAGCCUCUAAAUGCAAUUUUAUUAACUUAAAACUGAAAACCAACCGUUUCAUUCAAGCAUUUUGUGAACAAUUAAUGUGCAUUUAUUUGCAAAUUAGCCAAUACAAGUCUAAGUGGGGUCAUUUUGAUUACUUAUAGACCGAUCCAAC